GCGCCGCGCUUCAUGCUGGACCUGUACCAUGCCCUGGGCGGCGAGGAGGGGCCGGGAGCCGCGCCCAGCCUGCAGCGAGGGACCCUGCUGGCUCCGCCGCGCCCCGCUGCCUCGGCCCUGGCCAGCGCGCACGACAGCGCCUUCCUCAGCGACGCCGACAUGGUCAUGAGCUUCGUCAACCUGGUUGAAUAUGACAAGGAGUUUACACCUCACCAACAGCACCACAAGGAAUUCAAAUUUAAUCUCUCCCAGAUUCCAGAAGGAGAAGCUGUUACCGCUGCUGAGUUCCGCAUCUACAAGGACUGUGUCAUGGGGAGUUUUAAAAAUCAAACUUUUCUUAUCAGCAUCUAUCAAGUUCUGCAAGAACAUGAGAACAGAGACUCUGAUCUGUUUUUGUUGGAUACCCGGGCAGUGUGGGCCUCGGAAGAAGGCUGGCUGGAGUUUGAUAUUACUGCCACCAGUAACAUGUGGGUGUUGAACCCUCAACACAACAUGGGACUCCAGCUUAGUGUGGUGACCAGGGAUGGUCUCAGUGUAAACCCAAGAGAAGCAGGUCUGAUAGGGCGAGAUGGCCCUUAUGACAAGCAGCCUUUCAUGGUGGCCUUUUUCAAAGUGAGUGAGGUCCAUGUCCGGACCACCAGGUCAGCCACAAACCGGCGGAGGCAGCAGAAUCGAAAUCGCUCCACUCAGUCUCAGGAUGUUUCCAGGGUGUCUGGUAUCACAGAUUACAACAGCAGCGACCUAAAAACAGCUUGCAGAAAGCAUGAGCUUUAUGUUAGCUUCCAAGACUUAGGAUGGCAGGACUGGAUAAUUGCACCAAAGGGCUAUGCAGCCAAUUACUGUGAUGGAGAAUGCUCUUUUCCACUCAAUGCACACAUGAAUGCUACCAAUCAUGCCAUUGUGCAAACUUUGGUCCAUCUUAUGAAUCCUGAAUAUGUUCCCAAACCCUGUUGUGCACCCACCAAACUAAAUGCCAUCUCAGUUCUUUACUUUGAUGAUAAUUCUAAUGUCAUUCUGAAAAAAUACAGGAAUAUGGUGGUAAGAGCUUGCGGGUGUCACUGACAUACCCACUGACUCGCCUGGAACUCCUUGGUUACAUCUACUGGAUGUUGGAGAAACUCCAGCAAACACUCUUGUGACACUCCCAAACCAAUACUUGUGCCUUAUGAGAGGAAGCUGCAAGAGAACCUCACUGAUACCUACCUACUUCGUAACAGGAGAAAGUAUUGGAUUUGUCAAAAACCGAAUCUGUAACACAGUGGCUAUUCUGAUCUACAAAAUUCUGACUUGUGAGGUGUACAAAAGAAAAGUCUGCCCAUACAAGUUUUGUUGGCUUGGAUCAAGCUUUGUGCGUCUUUUAAACUCCCUGGAAGAGCAGCAGAAACUUAACUAGCUGGUUGAUUUGCACUUCAUUGUUAAGAAACCACCAUCUGCUACAUGGAAACAGUGAGACUUGAAGACGCACAUACUAUAUUUAGGUUCACCAAGACAAAAAGCAAAGUGUGUCGUACUUUAGUGUUAGGACUGUGUUUUAUGCUGGAUAAUCUGAAUUUCUAAUUAAGGAUAGGACGUGCCUUCCAUCUAAAAGAAAUUAUUGCAUCUCUCUGAUUGAACUCUUCCAAAAAUCUGAAAGAUGGGAAACAGCUGCUUCAAUUGUGCCAAAGCAAGCCCCUCAAACCAUGUGUCCUCCAACUACACAGUAAAGCAUAGACUUAAACUGUACGUUCCGAGUCAGGCUGUACUAUGUAUUGCAUACAUAAAAAGAAUCCCAGACACAACGUGAUCUUUUGAGUCAAAAGUUCAACUGGGGAAUUAUCUUGUAAACUUGUCAAGUGCCUUUUUUUAGGUCCUAUACCUCCUGAAACUGCUACGUCUGUCCCUUUUUAUUGCAACGACAUCCACUGCCUCUCACAUAUACCACCAGGGUAUUUUUGUAUGAUUUUAGGAGCAAUUUUAUCCCCUCAGCUGAAUAGCCACUCCAUUGCUGAAGGGGUAAUUUUUUGUAAGCUUUCUACAGCAGAGGUUCCCAACCGGGUUGGCUGCCAGACCGAAAGUGACAG